UGAUAACUGACAGUGACAGCUGCUGAAUUUGUGUUGACCGUGAUGACUGCAGCAAAAAAUUUUUCUGAAAUAAAAAUAGACGUCUUUUAAUUAACAUUACAUUUUCAAAAGUGAAGGUGAACAACACAUUAAUAACUUUAAAGUUCGUGCAGUGAAAAACACAUAUGGACAGUUUGGUGUAUCAAAAUCAAACGGAAAGUGAUAUAUUGAAGAAAUAAUGGAAGUAGAUACAACUAAUGAUAUACCACUAAAGGGGUCUAAAUUUCAGAAAGAAAAUGUUUACAACAAAUUACUCCCCUAUGCAGACGAACUGGAAGAGGAAUCAUCCAAAUUAUUCGAAGACAUUAAAAGUAACUUAGUGAAAUCAGUUUUAGCAAGGGAAAUGCGACCUGGUUGUGCCUUAUGGACGUCCAGAUUAAUGAAAUACAUCAAAAUUUAUGGAAUGAAGUUUUCUAAGGAAGACCAUAUUGCCUUGAUAAAAUUAUUUUAUGAGUUAGUUAUAAUUCCAGAUUUAGAACCCACGAGAAUUAACAAAUGUGCUACAAUGUUAAUUCAGCUGUUAAAAAAAAAAUAUCUUCUUACUCGAGAUGAUUUACAAUUAGAUUGGAGACCACUGUAUGAUUUGUGUGUAAAACUUAUGGAAAAAAGCAAAACAGUUAUAGGAAUGUACAGAUAUGCAGCCAAUUUUGAAAUGACAAUAUUUCAUCUUAUAAGGUUAUGUAAGGUAUAUUUUCCAGCAUCAGUCACUCAAGAAAUUUUAGAUGAAUUUAGACCCAAACUUUGCAUUUUUAAUCACACAGAAAUGGCCAGUACUAUAAGAUAUUUGGAAUUGUUUUUACCAAAUAGUAUGAAAGCUGAAGAAGCUGAUCAAAGUUACAAAUUAUGGUUUGAAGAAUUGAUGAAUUUGUGGGAUACCUGUCAAGAUGAUAGUACAUGGGAAAAUAAUAUGAUGUGGAUCAUGACAGGGCUAGCCAGAUUCCAAAUAGGCCGAAUAGAUUGGCAGCCUUACAUUCCAGCCAUGUUUGUAAGAUUCCAAAGAACUUUUCAGCUACCAGUAGCAUUCAAACAAAGACAUAUGGGUCGAUUUCACAAGAUUGAUAUUUCUGCUAUGGCAAUGUGGAUAGUGUGUGUCUUAAACGGUGACAAAAACGUGGCCUUCUUUCAUUUUGAAAAAUUUAUGCAGACUUUGGAGUCCUAUUUUUAUCCUGCCAAUACUGGAAGAUGGACUUCUAAAUUGAGAGAACUGUUGCGCACUCUUUCUUUUUAUUUCAUACAAAGAGUUCACUGUGAACGUUACAAGACACCAUCUUGGGAAUUUCAAGUCCCAGAUCAUUAUAAAUUAACAGAUGCAGAUCUUGAUAGAUUUGUUAAUAUAAUGAGACCAUGUAUUGAACAAGCUUUAUACAAUAGGAUGGGACUUCAAGAUACUAGUUUAACUUUGCAAUAUCUAUCAUGUUUGAGACCAAACAUUAUUAUUCCAAUGACUCUUGAAAAGCUAUAUUCAUCUAUGAACAGCCUAACAGAGCCUCAUAAAUUGACGUCCUCUAUGAUGGCUGUUAUUGCAUGUGGAAGAUAUAUGGUUCAAGGAAAUCGUAACAACUAUCCAGAGGGCCCUACACACAUAAUACCCCUUCUUAUGGAACUCUUGCCUGGUAUAGAUCCUAAUGACAUAAGAAAAUCGUAUGUCACGUUUAAUUUUAUUGUUCAUUUUGUCAAUAUGAUCCCAGUUAUAGAUUCUUCAGGUGCUAGUUCUCACUAUGAACUUUCUGAAGAAGAACAUGUGGUUUGUGAAGCUACUGCUAAUUUUGAGGACUUUGUUUUACAGUUUUUUGACAAAUUAUGCAUAUGGAUGGAGUCGAAUAGUUUGGAUUUCAUCAGGUUAGAGCAAAUGACAAAUAAUGAUAAUGUUAAAAAUAGAAUAGAAACUAUUUCUGAAAGUGCAUUGGGCUCUGUUAUAUCUGUCGUUUUAAAUCAGUGUUCACCAAAUAUAUUUAAGAGUGCCUUAAAAAAGAUAUACAAUUUUGUAACCUCAAAAGUUAUGGAAGUUCAUGUUUCUGGUAAAAUGGUGGCUAUUGGUUGCCACUGCUUUGCAAAAGUUAAUCCGAAAGAAACUUUAAAGCUGUUUUUGCCUUAUCUUUGUGAUAGAAUCCAAGAUCUCUUAAACGAAAAUCCUAAUAUUGAAAAAGAAGAACAUAUUGACGACGAAUUACUUUACAACUUGUUAAUGUUGUCAGAAUUGGUAGAUGGUAGAUCAGUACUGUUAAACUACUUAGAUAGAUUAACAACUAUCUUGGACAAAACGUUACAUAUGACCUGUCAAAGUGCUAGUCAAUUUUCAGCCAGAAUGUUAGAACUUAUGAUGUCAUCUUUGACGAAUAUUCAACCGACAGAAAUUAAAAGCUGUGCCACUGACUAUUCCAAGCCUGUCGAAGAAUUUCUUCCUAUUAGAGAAUGGGGUAAAGCCGAAGAAAUAAAAGAUCUAAAAAUAUCAUGGUACGUUCCAGGAAAAGAAGAAGUAGAAGCAGUUCAAAAUCUACUUGGAAGAUAUUUGAUGCCUGAACUUCAUAAAUUGGAAAACCAUUCUACUGGAGAAAAAAUUUUACCUAGACAGGAGUUAAAACAAUCUCUAAAAAUUAUAAUUUCAAUUUUGUCAUGCCAAUCUUUGCUGCCUAUGUGGGAUGAAGAGGUUUACCCUCUAGUUGAAACAGUUUUGGACCCUUGGACUUUCAACCUUAAAGUUAAUGGUAGUGGAGUUGUAACAAUGCCAGAUGGCUCAAAUGUAAGAAAAGCAAUCGUCAACAUUAUUCAUAAACUGCAAAAAAGAAUGUUAGAAGUUGACGAAGGCAAUACUCAAAGUAUACAGAACAUUAUUAAUAUUUACAACAUAAUUCUAUUCAACAAAACCAGAGGACAGGACUUUGAAUUUCACUGGAAGAGUUUCCACAUGACAAAAAAACUGCUCGAGGACCGUCUUCACCAGAAAAAACUUCAUUUGCGCCACGUCCUUAUAGACAGAGUUAUGUUGCAACAAGAAUUCCGCAUAGAAAGUAGAAAUUGUUCAUUUUCCGAAACUCACAAAAUGAUAUUGCUGGAUCUGUUUGAGUUGAGCACGUCUAGAUACAGUGAAGUCAGAAUAGCAGCUCAAUGCAAAUUAUUCUGCAUCGUAUCCUACUUUCCCUAUUCAUAUACUGUUCUUACAGACAAAAUCAAAGAUAUUCUUCAAUUGGAUUCAGAACAGAAUCAUGAAAAAUUUAAAGGAUGUCUCUACAUUCUACUGGGUCCAAAAACUGCACCAAUUAUCGCUAGACAUGAUUGGAAAUUUAUCGAACAAUUAUGGCCCCUUUUAGUAAAAUCUAUGCCCUCGGAAAAACCUUCGAUAAUCAGCUUAAUUAUGGCGUUGGGUGAAGCUAUUGACAAAUUCUUUCCCACUAUUGCCAUUAAACUGAUAAUUCCCACAAGCGUUAUUCAAGCUGCUUAUAACUUAGCGCAAAAUCAACCGCUCGAGAAGUUGAAAGAAUAUGAACAAUUAGCGGCAAAUGGUGAGGCUUAUUUGAAAAGAAAAAGCGACGAACGGCGAGUUGCUUAUGAUAAAACGUUAGAAUCACUCAUGGAUGCCUUAGAAUCGGGGAAUUUGCAUUGGCGCUAUUACCAAAUGGCGAUUAAUUUCAUCAAAGAUCUAGUGCAUUUUGACGUAAAGUACGGACCAAGAGUUGUAAAAUUCUUCCUCAAAUCGUCCAUAGACGAUUCGCUUCUAGUUAGAAAAACGUCUAUAAAAAUUCUGGUUUACAUACUUUUACAAAAUAAAACUAAAUACAAGAAGGUGGAAAUAGAUCCGCAGCAACUAUCAAAAACUACUGUGAUUUUAAGUAAAAUAACGCCUGGUAUAAGAGACGAUAAUAAAUGUUUAGUUUAUAAUAGCCAGAAUAUUCCAAGAAAUGAAAAGGAAUGGGAUGAACUUAGAUAUAUACAUGACCAAUAUACAGGAUAUUACGCAUGGCCAAAAAAAGUAGAAGUGUACGAUUCGCCCUCUAAACAAGAAACAGCAUCAAAAAGAAUGAACAAUUUGACAGAAAUGGAAAAAUAUAUUUACGAUUUUUUCAAUAACGCUGACAAUAUAAAGAAAUUAAUCAAAUUUUUGUCAUUAGAAGAGAAAAAAGGUCGAGACCAGUUCAAUCCUUACAGGUUUUUUGCUUUCAAGAAUUUAUUUAAGAUAUUUGAAGACCGACUUUUGUCACAAUUCGUACCUCACUUGGAAAAAUUAGUUGAAGACAAGCUAGAAUCGAGCCAAAGAUGUGCCGCGGAAAUUAUUAGCGGGAUAAUCAGAGGAUCAAAACAUUGGGAGUACGAGAAAAUAGAAAAACUUUGGGCUACCUUGAUACCCUUGUUAGAAAAAGCCAUUACUAAUAUUUCAACAGAGACGCAAACCGAUUGGGCAUUGUGUGUUACGAUGGGUCUAGAAUCCAGAGAUCCAAAUAGGCAUCAUUGGCUAUUAGAAUAUUUUUUACAGGAUCCCCUGAAAGACCCGACGAUACUCGUGGCUUGUACUCGCCUACACUUACUCUUCAUAGCAAUUAGUCAACAGUCAUGGAGAAAUACGGAAAUUUCUGGACGUCUCUUGGAAUACCUCAGGCCGCAUAUGACUCAUCCCUUCAAAAAUAUAAGAGAAAGAAUUUCGGCCUUAUUAGCGAUCAGCUUCAGUAAUGCAGGACAUGAAAUAAGCUCUGGAAAAGGAGAUGAAAGUGAUAGGAUGAAGAAAUUUUUUGAGAUUGUUUCACCGAAAAUGCAAGAAUUAUUAGAAACAUCGUUGGCCAAAAUAGAAAAUGAUAGAACUACUGUAGAAGCAGAUACAAAUGACGAAAAGGAAUCUCUUAUUAGGUUAUUUAAAAUAGUUUCAAAAUUCGUCAUGACGUACAUGGUACGAAUGAACUAUUCAGCUAGAAAAGAAUUCCUCGAACUAAUCCCUCUGGCGGCCUUAUUUCAAAACAAUGAAGUCGAUGAGGAGUUAGCUACGCUAUCAACGAAUCUAUUGGUAGUACUUUCGGAAACCGGUACUUCCCCGAAAUACAUUCCUGAAGCUAUAGACGUUAUAAGACGAGUUGCAAAAAGCCCGUCGUGGUCGGCGAGAGCCAUCAUAGCGGAAUUUUUGCCCAUUUAUAUAUUUUAUAAUAUGGCAGCCAUCAAUUCCAGGCUGGAGUGGGUGAAAGAAAUACAAUCAGUAGUAUUAGAACUAUUGGAAGAUGCCCAGCAUGAAGUUAGAAUUCAAGCUGGGAAAGUUUUAAGUGGUCUUUUACACUGCCAAUUCAUUCCAGAACCCAGUCAAUUGCUAACACAAUUUAAACAAAAAGCUAGAUACAGACGCAGUAAGAAGGAAGAUUCAUCUAACAUUAAUAUAAAAGUGAAGCACGCUGCUGUGCUGGGGCUGUGUGCUUUCAUAGAAUCUCACCCUUAUGAUGUACCUGAUGAUUUACCAGAAAUAUUUCAGCACCUUAGACCACAUCUAAGUGAUCCUCAACCUAUUCCUGCAACAAUCCGCAAAACUUUGGGCGAUUUUAAACGAACACACCACAAUAAUUGGGAGACUCACAAGCUUAAGUUUACAGAAGAGGAAUUGUGCUUAUUGAGUGACCUCACAGUGCCUCCGAGUUAUUAUGUGUAGUUCUCAAUCUUCUUUAGAAAAAUAUUUUAGUAAAUACGAUAUUGUGAUGAAAAAAAGGGAAAAGGGAAUGUUUAAGGCUAAAAUCUCGAUAUUGAUAUUGUAACAAUUCUUAACGAUACAAAUUUAAUCUAAAAAAGGCUGCACUCGGGAGUAAUUAUAUUGUUUAUGAAAUUAAAUACAAAGGCUGUAUUAAAUGUAACAACCUCUAAUAAAAGUUAACACAAUCAGACUAAAGUAAUUAAAUAUGUAAGAUUUUUAAUCACAUGUGUUUUAGAAAAUUAGUUAUUUUAUUGGUUUUUUUAUUUUUAAUUGGUUAUACACAUUUUAAUUGAAUUCUUUAUGUAAAAUAAAUGUUGUUUUUCAUCAUGAUCAUUUUAUUUUUACAAAAAGGUAAGAUCUAUUAAUAGAAAAAAAAAUAUUACUGUAUUAAUUCAAUAUAAAAACUUUCAAUCAAUUGUUUUUAUUAUUUAUACAAGGAUAAUCGCACUAAUCAAUAAUCUAACCAUAGGAG